CGCCGAUGCUUUGCCGUGUGCGAAAACAAGUCGCGUUUGACAAUUGCGGUCGGUCUAUUGCGGUGGUGUACGCGUCCACUUUGUCGACUGGAGCAACAUAGAGGACACAAUUGAGAGACGCUGCUCCUUAUUUCGCGCUGCUCAUUUAGUUUAUGCACGUUAUAUGCUUCAGCGUCAAAAUUAGUUUUCGGAAGGUAACUGAUUGGAGACGUGCGGUCGCUGACGAAGUGUGUUUAAAAAAAUUUGCAAGGAUGAGCGACGAUCAGAUGAACGAGCAGAGCCCGACUGCAGAGCUGUCAUCGAGCGAUAUAGAAAAGUUGGAAGAAGCAAAAUUGAAAGCAAAGUUUCCAAAUGCAGCUGGUCGACCGUUUGGCGGUCAUUCUGCGUUUCUGCAGAAAAGGCUGGCCAAAGGGCAAAAAUAUUUUGAUUCGGGGGAUUAUCAAAUGGCAAAACAAAAGUCCACAGCUAAGCCAAAGCCAGCUGGUGUUCUGCCAACGGGAGAUGCUAUACCAACACCAGAAACAGUACCACAGCGAAAAACGUCUAUUAUCCAACAGAAAUUCAAUACAUCGACAACAUCAUAAAAUCUAACUGCUUACUCCAUCACUUCUCAGAAUAAAUUUUAUUAAUUUAGCUUUAUGUUUGGAUGCUAGAAUAACAUUGUAUAAUUAUAAUUGGUGGCUUUAUAUAUAAUUUUGUUUGAAAAUAUUUUGGGGCUCUUCCACAAAAAAUUUUAUAAUAAAAUUCUCAUGUCUUUAGGAAAGUAGCCGAUUAUUCUCAAAACAACAUCUGCUAACAUUAUUAAAAACUGUGUUUUAUACACAUAUGUGCCACAGUGCUAUAAAAGUUUUAUCACACAUGAAAGUAAACUAUGCUUGAUGCAUCAUUACAUUUUUCUUAAUAGUCUGCCAUUUAAAUAUUCUUAUUUUGAAAAUUAAUUCUAUAUUUUAUUUGUAGAAAAAGUUAAAACAGUUAAAAAUAAGAAAAGUUGCACAUAUAUUCAGGUUAUAUUGUUAGUCAGCAAUAAAUAUGCAUUCUAUGUGCACAUAUGUAAAAAUUUAUAUUGAAAAUAUGUGAGAGAUAAGUAAAUAAGUAGUAGUAAUAAAUAUGUAACAGCAGGAAAACUCUUGAUGAUGUAGUCACAAUAAAUUUGAUUAUAAUCCACUAGUUCAUGAUAAGAUUUGGGAGUAAGAGAAUACAGAUCUGCAUUUCCAAAGCUGCUGUGAUGCGCUCUUAGUAAGACUAUUUUCUUAUGAAAAGCCAUAUUUACUGUAAAAAUCUAUAGUAUAAACAUAAUAAUUUUAAACUUAACUACAGUUUUACUUAUUGUAAACUAUAUUUAGUAAUAUAUUGCAACUCUCUAUAAAA